GCAAAUUGCGGGAGCGUCGGAAAGAGAAUUGGGAAAACAGUAAUUAUCCAUGGACAGUAGGGGUAUUCGUGGCAUUUAAAAAAUAAUGAGACACCCAAAGCCAUUCGUGACCUCCAGGCGCGUGCCGGUUUUCCCUUUUCGAGCAUAUUUCUUCACUUUUGUUUCGUCGGGAAAAGUUCGUUCUUGUGAGUUUAUUUCCCGGCGUUUGAUCGAGAAAGGAUUCGGAUAAGAAUCAGUGAAGGAAGAAGAAGAAGAUGUGGCGCUGCGUUUCUCGUGGCCUUCGUGUUCCUUCUUCGAGGACAUCGUUCUUCAAUGACCAUUCUGGAUCUCGGUUUUCCAGAUUCUUUUCCACCGGUUCGACCGAGGGGAGAUCCUCGUACACGAUUGUGGAUCAUACAUAUGAUGCGGUCGUCGUCGGAGCUGGUGGUGCUGGUCUUAGGGCGGCGAUUGGAUUGUCGGAGCAUGGAUUUAACACCGCUUGCAUUACCAAGCUUUUUCCGACUCGUUCACACACCGUCGCUGCCCAGGGUGGCAUAAACGCUGCAUUGGGAAAUAUGACAGAAGAUGACUGGCGGUGGCACAUGUAUGACACUGUGAAAGGAAGUGACUGGCUAGGUGACCAAGAUGCCAUCCAGUAUAUGUGUAGAGAGGCACCAAAAGCAGUUAUUGAGCUUGAGAAUUAUGGGCUGCCAUUUUCUAGGACUGAAGACGGUAAAAUUUAUCAGCGUGCAUUUGGUGGUCAGAGUCUUGACUUUGGAAAAGGUGGUCAGGCGUAUCGUUGCGCAUGUGCUGCGGAUAGGACUGGGCAUGCUCUUUUGCAUACUCUCUAUGGCCAAGCUAUGAAGCAUAACACCCAGUUUUUUGUUGAAUAUUUCGCUUUGGAUUUACUGAUGAAUAGUGAUGGCAGCUGCCACGGUGUAAUCGCGCUGAACAUGGAGGAUGGAACAUUGCAUCGGUUCCGUGCUGCACAGACAAUUUUGGCCACUGGGGGCUAUGGUAGAACAUACUUUUCUGCAACCUCGGCGCACACAUGCACCGGAGAUGGCAAUGCCAUGGUUGCACGUGCUGGACUUCCUCUCCAGGAUUUAGAGUUUGUUCAAUUCCAUCCAACGGGCAUUUAUGGAGCGGGAUGUCUCAUCACUGAAGGGUCUCGAGGCGAGGGCGGUAUUCUUAGAAAUAGUGAAGGUGAACGUUUUAUGGAACGAUAUGCUCCUACUGCCAAGGAUCUUGCUUCGAGAGAUGUUGUCUCCAGAUCUAUGACAAUGGAAAUUAGGGAAGGUCGUGGCGUAGGACCGCUAAAGGAUCACAUCUAUCUUCAUUUGAACCAUCUUCCACCAGAAGUCCUAAAAGAAAGACUUCCUGGUAUCUCUGAGACUGCUGCCAUCUUUGCCGGUGUUGAUGUUACCAAAGAACCAAUUCCUGUCUUGCCGACCGUACAUUACAACAUGGGUGGUAUCCCUACAAAUCACCACGGUGAGGUGGUUACCAUUGAAGGCAAUGAUCCAGAUGCCGUGAUUCCAGGACUAAUGGCUGCUGGGGAGGCAGCCUGCGCUUCUGUUCAUGGAGCUAAUCGGCUUGGUGCAAAUUCACUGCUCGACAUUGUUGUCUUUGGCCGUGCUUGUGCAAAUAGGGUUGCAGAGAUACAGAAGCCAGGGGAGAAACAGAAACCUCUUGAGAAGGAUGCGGGUGAGAAAACUAUCGCAUGGCUGGACAAAAUAAGGAACUCCAACGGGUCGCUUCCUACUUCUGAGAUCCGAUUGAACAUGCAGCGAGUGAUGCAGAACAAUGCAGCUGUCUUCCGAACACAAGAGACUCUAGAAGAAGGUUGUCACUUGAUCGACCAAUCAUGGGAGAGCUAUGGUGAUGUUCGGGUGAAGGAUCGGAGUUUGAUAUGGAACUCUGAUUUGAUCGAGACUGUAGAGUUGGAAAACCUUCUGAUAAACGCAUGCAUCACCAUGCAUUCUGCUGAAGCCCGAAAAGAGAGCAGAGGAGCACAUGCUCGGGAAGAUUUCACGAAAAGAGAUGAUGAGAACUGGAUGAAGCAUACAUUGGGGUACUGGGAAGAAGGAAAGGUCCGGCUGGACUACAGGCCAGUUCACAUGAACACUCUUGACAACGAAGUCGAGACUUUCCCGCCAAAAGCUCGUGUCUACUGAUCUGAAGAGCCUUGAAGCCAAUGCCAUGACGCAGGUAACGAGCCAAUCUCCAAUAAUAUAGUUCGCGAGGAAGAGAAAAACAAUACGAGAAAGAAACCAGGAUCGCAGGAAGUGUUGUGUGGUGUCUUUUGGUCUUUGAGGGAGCAUGAAAUCAAAAGGAAGCGUUUGAUUGGGGCUUAGGAAUAAAUUUAAUUUUAUUAUGGGAGCAUUUAAUGUUACUAAUAAAAAUUUUAUAAAACUUGCAAUUAAAUGAGAGAGAGGAACGAUAUACGGCCGUUUCCCUCCUGCCGGCCGGCCCACUACGAUUUCAUGGGGAACGAUAUACGGAUUGGGCCUCAGAAAAUUAUAAUGGGCUUAUUAUUAUGAUA